CAGUGUGUUUUGAUGGUCGGAGAAGGUUGUUUGUCAGUAGGCCUAUUUUAGUAUUUUUCGCUUUUAUUUCAUGAUGGAAAAACUCAGCCCAGCUAAAACUUUUAAGAACAAGUCGAAGAUGGAAGAACAAACGACAAGUUCUUCACUAAGUGAAACUAUAGCUACAGGAUGGUAUGUUGCCAAGGUAACCAGUCUGGUACUGUUCCUGUUAUAUAUUGCUAUACCUAUAUUUGUACAAUAUAAUCCUUGGAUUCUACCUAAAGUGGUUUUCUCUAAUGUCAUACGGUGGCCACCAUUUGUUGAUUUUAAGAAGCCAGCUGAUUUCGGAUUGAAUACAACUCGUAACUUUUACCUGACUGUAGAAGAUGAUGUCAAGAUUGGUGCAUGGCAUACGUUACCAAGCAGUGUAUUGGAAAGCCAUCCAAAUGAAGAUAUUUCGCAUGAAAAAUUUGAUCAACAUUUAGCUCAUGGCAAAAAGAUUAUUGUUUAUUUACAUGGAAACAGUGGAACAAGAGGUGGAUGGCAUAGAGUACAGUUAUAUAAACUAUUAGCUAGCCAUGAUUUUCAUAUUGUUACUAUUGACUACAGAGGUUUUGGUGAUUCAACUGGUACACCAACAGAAGAUGGUGUAGUAUCAGAUGCCUAUCAUCUCUAUCACUGGGUUAAAGAAAGGAGUGGCGAUUCCCCAGUCUUUCUGUGGGGACAUUCAUUAGGCACAGCAAUUACAACAAAACUAGCCAAAAAAUUAUGUGAUGAAGGAGAACAUCCAUUGGGUGUUGUAUUAGAAGCUCCAUUUAAUAAUAUAAAUGAUGCAGCAGCUAAUCACCCAUUUUCGUUUCCUUACAGAAUGCUUCCUUGGUUCAGUGACAUUUUUAUCAGCAGUAUAGCAGAUCAUGGAAUCUUUUUUACCAGUGAUAAAAGUGUUGAACAUGUGACCUCACCUAUAAUGAUCUUACAUGCUGAAGAUGAUGCUGUUGUACCUUAUCAUCUUGGUCUAAAGUUAUUUGAAGCAGCUAAAGAAAUCCGACCAAAUACCCACGGUGAUGUUGAUUUUGUUUCAUUUCCUGGUCACCAUGGAUACGGACAUAAACAUAUUUUUAAAUCACCAGAACUUCCAAGUAUUGUGAAAAAUUUCAUGGAAAAGAGUAUAGUCAAACGACAAGAGCAGAAAAAAGAGAAGUAAGAUGAUAUUAAUAUGCCGCUAAAACUGUUUGUGUGAAAUGGACCUCAGGGUGUUCCAUUCCAUUUAACACAAAACAUGUUUUAAUAUUAUAUAUAGCUGGUGAAUAGUCUCUAUAUUUACAAUUGUUGCUUCAAAGAUUAUUGCUAUGUGUCAGUACUAUUUAUGUAAAAUGAGUCAGAAUUAUGUUUUUUUAAGACUAACACAGCUCAGUUUGUACAUCCAUAAUUAUUGUUUAACAAAAUAUAUUUUUUGUUCUAUUUUUGUAAAAUUGUUUAUAAUAAUAUUAAAAGGAAAUCUUCUAUUCAGACCCCCAAGUUCAAACUGUUGGACAGGAAUUAGCCAUUUAAAAUUUUUCUAGCCUAGGAAUUGUUUAAUAUAAUGUGACUAACACUUAUAUGGAUGGAUAUGGACUUUAGCAAAAUAUUUCAAAAUAGAAUAGCUUUUGAAUACUUAACAAUGAGACAAGGGUACAAAAUCAUUAUUUUUAACUCCUAUCCAUCUUUAUACAGUAUUUUUAUCUAUGUGAAUUAUGAUAUUUUGUAUAUAUUUUUAUUAUUUAUAUAUUACCGGUAUGUAUAUUUUUUUGUUGUCGAUUAUUGUUGUAUUACUGAAUCAAUAUUAGUUUAGUAAGGUUUUUAAAUUUUAUUUCUUAGCUAGUUGUGACUUAGUGAAUAAAAUGAAAACUUAUUUGUUCACAUGUAUUAAGAUAAGAUUGAAUGUCAUUGUGUGGACAGACUAAUGAAUUUUUAAAGUUGUGUCAAUGUUUGAAUGUUAAUUCAUUGACUGCAAAGACCAGUUAUGUUUCACUCACGGCUAAUAGAAUGGUUUCUUUGGACCAAGACCAGUGAUGUCUGGACGUAACCAAAUGAAGGUUGCAGCUGGAGAACCAACUACUGGUGGGCAUCAUAAUGUUGCUGUCUAAGUUUAUCUGUAAUAUUCCAAGAGUUGGUUGUUGUCUGGAUACACAUAUGGGAAGGUGAAGGCUGGAGAACAGACUGUUUGUAUUGUAGGAAAUUUGGCUGCUCAUGUUUAAAGGCUAAAGAAGGACUGGAAAUGACAAAUCUAAAAGUUAAUAAAUUGUUAGUCAACUAGUAAUUAGGUAGAAAAUGUAAGUUCUCAAAUUUAUUAUCAUUUUAGGAAGUGUACGUAAACUGAAUAGAGUAGUAGGGACCUGGUCCCUGGGCUAAAAAUUCAAGUGCCCUUUUCUGUUCCCAUAUGUUAAAAAUUAAAGUACAUGUAAUCCAAAGCAAUGAAUAGCGAUUUGUUAUGUAUUUAUUUUUUACAUGUUCUUCCUGAAAGGUGUCUAAUGUCAUGAUAAAAGCCAUAAAUAUAUGAUUAUGUCAGAAUCAUCUGUCAUAUUAGGCUACUAGUAAGCAACCUUUCGGAAUUUUAUGUAUUAUUGCUAGUUUUUAUUAUAUGUCUCUUUUAUUACCCAGUGACAGUUAUAGCUUAAGUUCGCUUCGGUUAUUUUAGCCAGCAGCAUGGUAAUAUUUUAGCACAUGUCAGACCAGCUUUUGCUCUCUGAACAAUUGGAUUGAAUUUUAAAAAAAAUUAAAUUGCUGCACUAUCAGGAGCAGGCUCAAUAAACCAAUAAAGAACUUCUGAUCAAUUUAAAUCAUAAGGACAAGAAUUAAGAGAGGAUGUUUGUUGUUUAUGUUAAGUUUGUGUUGUUUCUUUCGACAUUUUUCAUCAUUACAAUGCAGAUUUUUGCAUACACCCUUUUCCCCCCUUUUCUUGUUCACAGUUUUUAAUGCUACUAACAUACUUUUGACCUCGACAUCUUAACUGUAGUGUUACUUGUUUUUUUGUUUUAUGUGUAUUAUAUAAGAUCUGAUGUGUUCAUUUUUUUAGUUUUGUUUUUGGUAACAUUUUAAAAAGGCAUAUCAUAACAAGUUAAUGAAAUUUUUGUCAUUUUCUCAUUUAAAAAAAUAUGACUGUGCAUCCUUGAGGUCAUAUGUAUUUAUUAAAGUGCUAAACUUACUAACAUUGUUACUGACUAGUGUGUAUGUACUGUAGGCCUACCUCCCCAAGAUAUGACAUUUAAAGUCACCUGCAGGUCUUAGAUGUAAAUUUGAUAACGUUCACAUGUCAAGAAUAUUAAACAUUUUGCUAACACAACCUGAUCUAAAUCAAGCUAAUAAUAUCUUAUCACUGUGCCCUAUUUUGAGACCUGUUAUGAUUAUCAUUUGUGCCGGAAUUUAUGAAUUAAUAUUGCCCAUAGAUGGCAGAUUUCUGAUUUACUAGUAGUUAUUCUUUUAUGGCUGAAAAUGUCAUUUUGUUGGAAAAAAUCUUCUCUGAACAGCUGUUUGAGGUCUGCAGCCCCUUUCAAUCCACUGCCUCAUAUUUCAAAAAGAUUUCUGGUUUCUGCUUUAGUUAUUUUUGUCUGCAAAUGUCUUAUUUUAUUGGAAAAGGGGCUGAGGUCUGCAGUCCCUUUCAAUGCACUGUCUAAUAUUUUAAUGUACUUUGGGUCAUCCAGACAAGCUGCUUAGAAAGAUUUAGGAGUUGAAAAAAAUUCAAAGAAUGUAGAUUUCAUUUUGUAAUAGAGUUUACUUAUAGCAUAAAUAUUUAAUGAAUUUUAUAAAGUCUAUUGUCUGAAAAUGUGAUUGCAAAAAAAUAUAUAAAAACAUAAAAAUGUAUUUAAAAAAUAUGUGAAGAAAAUGUGAUAUUUUAUUAUAAUGCUGAACUCCCUAUAUCGGCAACACUUUCUUAGAUAUUUUUUUUGUCUACAGUUUUUGGUGAUAAUGUUUUUCUUGCCCAACCAAUGCAAAUUACUGUAUUAAAUAUUAUUUGAGCAAAUAAAUAUUUUAGGUAGUGUA